AUGGAUAUGAGUCCAAAAAAAUCUGCUUAUUCCAAAAGAAAUAAAAUAAGCGAAAUUGAAAAAAAGUGUGAGGAGAGUUUAAAUGAAAUACUAAGGUCAGCAAAUGAAGUAACCGAAAUUUCGAAAAAAGCAGAAGAAGAAUUAGAACAGCAGACAGAACAAAUAAAACAUAUAAAUAAGGAAGCUGAUAAUAUUCAAGAAAAUUUAAAUAAAAGUCAAUAUCACUUAGAAGGUAUAAAAUAUUGGUGGAAAAAUAUAAACUCCUUCUUAGGAUUCGAAACAUUUAAUAAUAUUGAAAAUAAAAAAACAAAUAAUCAGUUAAACGAUGAUACGAAAAAAAGAAUAAAUCAUAAUAUUAAGAACACUUAUGAAAAAAAUUGCAGCCAAAAUUAUAAAAGUUCGUUGAAUAUUGAGGGCUCAACGCAAAGAAAAGGAACAUUCGAUGAAAAUUACGAAAGAGAUUUAAGCACUUUGUCAUCUAUGCUCGACGAAUUGCAUACUAGAGCGUUGAUUAUGGGAAAUACAAUAAGUAGUCAGAACAAAAUGCUAAGUGAUGUUAAUGAAAAAAUGGAAAUUAACAUAGAAAAAAUUAGAGAUCAACAGAAGAUGAUGAAGGAUAUAAUGAAAAAAUAA